GUGGGUUCCUCUUCUUUCCUAAAACGAGGUACUCGCGAUUUAACAUAGCCUUCAGUUAUUCUUUUUAAAUAUAAUAAAGUAAUACAUUAAUUAAAAUAUUAAAAAAUGGCUAUGAGUAUCAGAGGACUUUUGAGGAAUAAUUUGAAAUUCCUGAGUAGCAGUAUCCUGAAGCCUGUCUCCAAUAAUGCGAGCAGGUCAUUGUACAGCGCUUCUUCCUUGGCAAUCGAUGCCUACGCCGAGGCAAGGAGACAUGUUACGAAUCAAUUUGAGUCUGUUGCACAGACUUUCCGUGCAAAAAUGACAGAAUUCACGAGCGAAGAUAAUAAAAGCAUAAUAUUCACUGAAGACUUAAAAGCAAUGUUGCAUAUUGUCGAUAGUAAUAAGGAGGAUGUUGAUCUGGUAAUGAAGAUGCUGAAAAAGUUCCAUACUCAAAACAACGAACUAAGGUUCGGAAACUAUGUGUUUGGACCUGUCGUAAUGCGGGCAUUUUUCUACUUGGACUUGCCAGAUGUAGCUCUUGAAGCAUUCAAAGACCCUCAGUUACAGGGAUUCUUUGAUCAACUAACGAGUUAUCAAAUUCUGCUAGCUCUCUUGUACAAUCAUAAGAGAUACGGCGAAAUGAGGGAAGUCUACGACUUGAUAAAAACAAAAUACACAGGCGGAAUUAUGCAUCCACAGAAUUCUGUUAUUCUUGUUCUAGCAGCUUGUUACAGAGAGAACACGCCGGAGAGUUUCCAGUAUGCAUUGGACCUCUGGAAGGAAUUGCACAAAAAGGGUUUUGAACCUAAUCGCAAAGCAGUUUGUCUCAUUUCAACCUUGGCUCUUAAUCAAGGAAAACCUGAAUUUGCCCUGGAACUUAUCUCAUCGUGUCCACAAUUUCGCCACAUCGACGUCAGGUGUAUCAAAAUACAAGCUUACACCGAUUUAAAUCGACUGGAUGAUGUCGCACAGUUUAUAAAGAAAAUGUUACGCUCCGAGAGAUUUACCAAAGAAUCGGCCACAACCAUAACUUUCUUCCAAGAUACCAUUGCCAAGGUGGAAGAAGCUUUGAAUAAAGCAGGAACGGAACAAAAUGAAGAACUUGUCAGGAUUUUGGACGAACUGAAGACUCAAAAUUUAGUGCAAAAUAAAACCUUAGAGGAAUCUUUGACCAGGACUAUCGAAAGACGUCGCCCCACUGACAGACAAAACAACACAAACACAAGCAGGUACGGUGGUGGUUCGUCAGACUUCAAGGGAUUUCAACGGCAGAGAACGGGGAUGAAGUUCUAAGUGUAUUUUUAAGGUCAAUAACGUAGUGUUCAAGUCCAAUUAAAAAUUAAUAUGUAAUUCACGAUUUGAAAAUUUUAAAAAUCGCAAGUCAUUUCCGGGUGAAAGAAAACUAUUCACAAAAGAAUCCCAGUAGAAUACGAAUUCCCAUUGAAGUAAAAAAGCAUUUAUAAGUUUUUCACUUUAAAUGAAUCAUAAAGUCAUAUUUCAUA